AUGACAAAUUCACCACAAAACGAAUUGGCCAAAUGGCUGGAGAAAUUGCUCGAGCCAGUUCAUAAGUCAAUGGUCAGACACACUAUGAAAGACAGUUUCGAAGUAGUAAAGCUUUUGGACCAGAUCAAUGUGAAAGGGAAACACAUGGCUUCAUUUGAUUCCCAAUCACUGUUUACGAAUGUUCCCGGUCGGGAGGUCAUACGUAUCAUCUGUGACCAUGUGGAGCAAAACCAACUGAAAAUCGGUAUGCCAAUCUCAGUUCUGGUUAGACAAUUACUACUGUGCACAACAAACGUAUCGUUCUCCUUCCUUGGUCGGGCUUACAUACAAAUUGACGGUGUCCCAAUGUGGAAAUCCAUUGAGUCCCAUUCUGGCACAUCUAUUUAUGGCUCAUCUUGA